AUGAUGAGUCGAAGCACGACCAGGGUAGCACGGGCCGUGUUAGGCCACAUGGGCCCACGUUAUUUUUCGACAACUGCUUUGCAUGGCGGUGUAGCAAGUGAUUUGCAAGCAAUUAGGGGUGUUCUUGGCGGCACCACCACUUUCCUCCAUGGUAAUCUUGCCCAGAAUUCUGAAAAGUUGUUUGUAGGGCGGAUGAGGUUGCCGGCGGUUGGUGGUGCGCGUAACGUGGGCACUUUUGCCUUGGGUGACAAACAGCAGGAGGAAGAGAAGAAGGUGCAGGGCGGCGCAACUGGUGGUGCCGCCUCUGCUGGUGGGGGCAAUAAUAACAAGGGAAUAGUGAGUUAUUGGGGUGUGGAGCCUGCCAAGAUUACUAAAGAGGAUGGCUCUGAAUGGAGGUGGAACUCCUUUAAGCCAUGGGAGACCUACAAGGCUGAUCUGUCUAUAGAUCUGAAGAAACACCAUGCUCCUGUCACAUUCUUGGACAAGGUGGCAUAUUGGACCGUCAAGGUUCUCAGACUUCCGACAGAUAUAUUCUUUCAGAGGCGGUAUGGAUGUCGUGCGAUGAUGCUGGAAACUGUUGCCGCUGUGCCUGGCAUGGUUGGAGGGAUGCUUCUGCACUGCAAGUCAUUGAGGCGAUUCGAACACAGUGGUGGUUGGAUCAAAGCAUUGUUAGAAGAAGCCGAAAAUGAAAGAAUGCACCUCAUGACAUUCAUGGAAGUGUCCCAGCCCAGAUGGUACGAACGAGCUCUUGUAUUCACGGUGCAGGGCGUAUUUUUCAAUGCAUACUUCUUGACCUAUCUCGUUUCCCCGAAAUUGGCUCACCGGAUUGUGGGGUAUUUGGAAGAGGAGGCGAUCCACUCGUACACCGAGUUCUUGACAGAGUUGGACAAGGGCACUAUUGAGAAUGUUCCUGCUCCGGCUAUUGCCAUCGACUAUUGGCGCAUGCCACCAAACUCAACUCUGCGCGAUGUAGUCAUGGUGGUUAGAGCCGACGAGGCUCACCAUCGUGAUGUUAACCACUUUGCAUCGGACAUCCAUUAUCAGGGACAUGAACUGAAGGCAGCCCCAGCCCCAAUUGGAUAUCACUGA